AUGCUCUCGCAGCAUCAACUGCAGCAGCAACAGCAGCAGCAACAGCAACCACGACUGCAGCAGCAGCUGCAGCAGCAGCAGCAGCAGCAGCAGCAACAGCGGAGAUGCCUGUCGCAGCAGCAGCAGCAGCACCGGCAGCAGCAGCAACAGCAGCAGCAGCAGUAUGGAGACGAUCAACCUGCUGCUGCCGGCGAGUUGCCGGGCUGCAACAACGGCAGCAGCAGCAGCAGCAGCAGCAGCAGCAACCCAUAUGAAGACCCCAGUGUUGGGUGUAGAGAUGCUGCAGCAGGAACAGCAGCAGCAGCAGGAGCAGCAGAAGGAGGAGGAGAAGCAGCAGCCCCACCGGAUGCAGCGGAUUCAUUGGAGGCAGCAGCAGCAGCUGCUGCAGCAGAUGCAGCAGCAGCAGCAGCUGCUGCUGCUGCGCUGCAGAUGCGCUGGUCGCUGCCGCCCCUGGGGCUGCGUGUUGUUUCUGCUGUUUGUUAUGGGGGCCUUGUCAAUCGAUCUUCAGACUUAAUAGUUGUUGAGAUUGCUCACGCUGCUGCUGCUGCUGCUGCUGCUGCUGCUGCUGCUCCUGCUGCUGCUGCUGCUGCUGACGAUGAUGAUGGUGAUAGGGAGGAUAUGCUGCCGCAGCAGCAGGGGCUGCAGCGGCGGUGUGCAUCUCCGCAGCAGCAGCAGCAGCAACAGCAGCGACAGCAGCAGCAAGUGCAGCAGGAGAAGGAGCAGCAGCAGGGUGGGGUUUGGUGUUGUAUGUGUAGUUUUUAUGUGUACAUGCAGCGGCAGCAAUACAACGAGCUGCAGCAGCAGGUGCAGCAGCUGUAUCCCCGCAGCGCAGCAGAGAAAAAAGAUAGAAGCAGCGGCUUGUUGGGGUGUCAGUGGAGCCGUCUAGACACAGGCCUCAGCAGGAUAACAACAGCACGAGUAUCUGCUGCUGCUGCUGCUCUUUUUGCUGCUGUGCGACCCAGCAGCAGCAAACAUAAAAAUCAUGGCAGCAGCAGCAGCAGCUGCAGCAGCAGCAGCAGCAGCGACAGCAUCGCACUCGAAAGCGCUCCAGCAGAUGAAAGUGGGCACACUGUGGCAGCAAAAGUACCAGCAACAGCAGCAGCAGCAGCAGCAGUAAGAGGAGCAGCACCACAUCUAUCAACAGCAGCAGCAGCAGCAACAGCAGCAACAGCAGCAGCAGCAAAAGAUGCCCCGGAAGUUGCUGCUUUUAUAGGGGAGCUGCUGCAGCGGCUAGACAUUAUGUGUGACGUCUCCAUACAAACUUUAUUGGGGGUGCGGCAGCAGCACGAGCGCUGCUGCAGCUGCUGCAGCAGCAGACUCAGUCAGCCUCACCCUCUCUCUCCUUUGCUGCUGCAGCCCCAGCUGAUGACGCUGCCGCUGCAGAGCCGCAUGCACUCUCCUGGGGUGUAUCUCGAGCUGUGGGACGCUGCGCUUGCUAUCCUGCACCCGCCUGCUGCUGCUGCUGCUGCUGCUGCUGCUGUUCCUGCUGCUGCUGCUGCUGCUCUGCCUGGGCGUGCUUCGUGCAUGGGAAAAGGCCGGAACCAGCAGCAGCAGGAGCAGCAGCUGCAGCAGCAGCAACAGCAGCUUGAACAGCAGCAACAGCAACAAGAGCAGCAGCAGCAGCAGCAGCAGAAGCAACAGCAGCAGCAGCAGGAGGAGACGGAGGCUGCAGCAAUGCCUGGGGAGCUGCUGCAAGGGAAGGAGUCCUUCGCCUGGCUGCAGGGGCGUGCUGCUGCUCCCUUUGUGCUGCUGUCGAUACACCAGCUCAGCAGCAGCCGCGCGUCGUUGCUGCGGCUUCCUGCUGCUCGGCAGCAGCAGCGCCGCAGUGCUGCUGCUGCUGCUGCUGCUAUAUCAGAUGCUGCACUGCGCACGCCAACACCCCUCCGACACAGACGCACCGUGCUGCUGCUGCAGCAGCUGCGUUCUGCUGCUCCGUUGCUGCUGCUGCUGCCGAGGCCGCUGCCUUCUUCUGUUUGUGAGCGGCUGGAGCUGACGCUGACGAGACAGCAUGCAGCAGCAGCAGCAGCAGCAGCAGCAACAGCAUCAUCAACAUCAACACCCCCUCCAUCGUCUUCUUACCCUGGAUCCCCCCUGCUGACGCAGCAGCAAGAGCAGCAGCAGCAGCAACAACAGCAGCAGCAACAGCAGCAGCAGCAGCAAUUGAACCCAGCUCUUCACGGGGGCAGAUACCCGCACAAGCCAUCAGCAAAACGCCCCAGUCCUCGGGCUCCUUAG